CUUUCCCUUCUCACCUUUCUAGGGCUUCUGCUUUCAACACCUGUGAAUCUCUUAGCCGUCGAUUAGCCAAGCCUCCAAGAGACAUGCGGCGUUACGGGCGUCGUUCUCCAAUCGUUCGUUUCCAUUGAUCGACGACUUAUGUUCGUUCAUUCCUUCCUUCCUUACAAUUGUACUUGGACUUGUACGGGGGAACACAGAUGGAGCUGCAAAUCAAGGUCGCCCAGGCUGUUCACAUGCUUAAUCACGACACACAAUCCUGCAAUCGUGUAGCUGCUAAUCAGUGGCUUGUCCAAUUCCAGCAGACUGAUGCCGCUUGGGAAGUCGCCACCGCGAUCCUCACCUCCGACCACCGUCACCAAUUCAUUUCUGAUUACGAAGUCCAGUUUUUCGCUGCUCAAGUUCUCAAACGAAAGAUACAAAAUGAAGGAUGCUACUUGCAGUUGGGUGCUAAAGAGGCUCUGCUUAAUGCUCUUCUUUUGGCAGCUAAAAGAUAUAGUUCUGGACCUCAUCAGCAGCUGUUGACGCAAAUCUGUCUUGCUCUUUCUAUGCUUAUACUUCAUGCCGUGGAGCAUGGAAAACCUAUUGAAAAGCUCUUUUACAGUCUCCACAAUUUGCAAAGUGAAGACGAUGGCAAGAUUGCAGUUUUGGAGAUGCUUACUGUCCUGCCAGAAGUUAUUGAGGAUCAGAAUGCAGAUUGUAGAAUAAGUUCAGUCCAACGAUAUGAGUACGGCCGAGAGCUUCUCUCUCACACUUCAAUGGUUAUUGAGUUCCUUCUGCAGCAAAGCGAGAAGAAUAUUGACAGUGGUACUCAAGUGCAUGAUAGGAAUAGAAAGCUACUGCGUUGCUUGUUAAGUUGGGUUCGAGCUGGAUGCUUCUCAGAGAUUUCUCCUGGCUCGUUACCCACACAUCCAAUUAUGAAUUUUGUUUUCAAUUCUUUGCAGGUUUCAUCUUCAUUUGGUCUGGCAAUUGAAAUUCUUGUUGAACUUUUGAGUCGACAUGAGGGAUUGCCACAGGUUUUGCUGUGCAGAAUUGGAUAUAUUAAGGAUAUCCUCCUCCUUCCAGCACUUAAUAAUGGAGAUGAGACUGUAAUAAGUGGCCUUGCUUGUUUGAUGUCUGAAAUUGGUCAUGCUGCGCCAUCUUUGAUUGUCAAAGCAAGUCCUGAAGCUUUUAUGCUGACAGAUGCACUAUUGAGUUGUGUAGCAUUUCCAAGUGAAGACUGGGAGAUAGCAGACUCAACUUUGCAGUUCUGGUGUAGUCUCAUGGAUUAUAUUCUUGGGAUUGGUGUGGAUAGUCAGGAAAAUAGAAAGGAUGUUGAAGAAAUGUUUUUUCAUGUUUUCUCAGCAUUGCUGGAUGCUCUUCUUUUGCGAUCUCAGUUGGGUGAUGCUACAUUUAUUGAUGGCGGUAGGGUGCUUGAGCUUCCUGAUAGCCUUGUACAAUUCAGAAUGAAUCUGGUGGAAGCUUUGGUUGAUAUUUGUCAGAUUUUAUCUCCUGCUCCAUUCAUCCAAAAGAUAUUUGUAGGAGGAUGGAUGACUACUGCACAUAUUCCCUGGAAGGAGGUUGAGGCUAAAAUUUUUGCUCUUAAUGCGGUAGCUGAGGAAAUUCUCAGCAAAGCACCAUACUUUGAUUUUUCUUUUAUACUGCACUUGGUGACAAUUUUGUCCAGUAAGACACCUGACGAACUAAAGGGCUUCAUGAGAAUUGUUUACAAGUCACUAGCGGAUGUUGUUGGCUCUUAUUCCAAACUAAUAUCAGCUUCUCUAUCUGAUGCCCGACCAUUACUAUCAUUUCUUGCAACAGGCAUUGCGCAGUCGUUUUGUUCAUCUGCUUGUGCCUGUGCUUUGCGAAAGUUAUGUGAAGAUGUGCCUGCACUAAUGUACGAGCCUUCAUGUUUGGAAAUCUUAAUUUGGAUAGGGGAGGGUUUGGAAGAGUGGGUUUUACCACUAGAGAAUGAGGAGGAAGUAGUUGCUGCAAUCACACUGAUAGUUGGCUCUGUUCCUAAUGAGGAAUUGAAGAAUACUUUGUUUUCUAGAUUACUCUCUCCUAGCUAUGAAGCUGUUGGCAAACUUAUUGAUGAAAACCAGGAGUAUCCUUUGAUAAAAGACCCAGCUACUUAUACUCAGGUUGUCAACUCUGCUAGAAGAGGGCUGCAUAGAAUGGGAACUGUGUUCAGCCACUACCCAACAAAUUCAUCAACUGAUCCAAGUUUUAAUAAUUCUUUACUUGCAAUGCUUGGAGUGUUCUGGCAAAUGCUUGAGAAACUCUUUCAGUCUGAUCAUAUUGAAAAUGCUAGCUUAUCAAUGGCAGCCUGUAAAGCUCUUUCACAAGCUAUUCAAUCAUCAGGUCAGCCAUUUGUGCCAUUGUUGCCCAAAGUAUUAGACUGUCUCUCUUCCAAUUUUGGGUCCUUUCAAAAUCAUGAUUGCUACAUUAGAACAGCUUCCAUUAUCAUUCAAGAAUUUGGCGCUAGAGAAGAAUAUGGACCUCUAUUCAUCAGCACAUUUGAUCGAUUUAUCAAUGCAACAUCUAUAAUGUCACUGACUUCCUCAUAUAUAUGCGACCAAGAGCCUGAUCUGGUGGAGGCCUUCACUAAUUUUGCAACUACCUUCAUCCGAUGUGCUCCAAAGGAAGUCUUAGCACUCUCUGGUUCCAUCAUUGAGUUAUCCUUUCAAAAAGCGGCUAUAUGUUGCACGGCUAUGCAUCGUGGUGCAGCACUAGCUGCAAUGUCAUUUAUGUCUAAUUUUUUGGAGGUCAGCCUCACUGCAUUAUUGGAAUCUGUAGCACACGUGUCUGAAAUGCAACCCAUAGCAUGCAUUUCUGAAAGGUCAGUUGAAGCUAUGGCAAUAAAAGUCAUAUCCCACAGCGGCGAGGGGCUUGUGUCGAAUCUGAUCUAUGCUUUGCUUGGUGUAUCUGCAAUGUCAAGGGUUCACAAGUCUGCAACUGUCUUUCAGCAAUUGGCUGCUGUGUGCAGUGUAAACGAAAGAACAACAUGGAAGGCUAUUCUUUGUUGGGAGUCUUUGCAUGGAUGGCUACACUCUGCGGUGCAGACUCUACCUUCGGAGUACCUAAAGCAGGGUGAAGCUGAAUCCCUGGUCCCAAUAUGGCUCAAGGCUCUUAUGGCUGCAGCUUCAGAUUACAUUGAGUCCAGGCAAUGCAAUGGAAGAGCAAAAGAUUAUUGUCAUAUGCAAGGGAAAGGGGGGAGAACUUUGAAACGCCUGAUCCGAGAAUUUGCUGAUGGGCAUCGUAAUAUUUCGAAUCUGACUUGAGAUGUAUAGGGAGUGUUGAUAAACUAAUCUAAUCAAGUUGCAAGUCUUGCCAACUUGAGAUUUCUCUUCCUUGUGUAUGGCAUAUUUUUAGGCCUUUUGUGAUAUCAUUUUGAUCCAAGUAAAAUAGUAUGCAUUCUUUUGGAUCAUAAUUUCUGUAGUUAUCCCCAAUUUUGUUUACUAUGAGGAAUUUUGUAAAGUAACAUCCCAUUUACCAUAGCUAUCAGCAGCUAUAGUUGUAAUAGAUGUUUUAACAGGAGAAGGUAAAUAAGAGGGAAAAGAAGUCUGAUUCCAUAUA